UUUAAUUCAGUUUUUUAGCAAAAUGAAGAAGUGGAUGGACAUGUCAAAUCUACCACAGGAAUUCCGGGAGCGAGUGGAGAGGCUGGAGAGGAAUUUUGAAGUGUCAACUGUCAUUUUCAAAAAGUUUGAACCAAUAUUUUUGGACAUAUUUCAAAACCCUUGUGAAGAAAUUUCUAAACCCCAGCGGAGCAGGAAGCAGAGGCGGGUGCCCUGCGGCGUUAAGGACCUCUUCAACUUCUGCUGGACUCUCUUUGUGUACACUAAGGGUAAUUUCCGUAUGAUUGGAGAUGAUUUAGUAAAUUCCUAUCAUUUGCUUCUGUGCUGCUUGGACCUGAUUUUUGCAAAUGCCCUUUUGUGUCCAAAUAGAAGAGAUUUGCUAAAUCCGUCGUUUAAAGGCCUACCCGUGGACUUCCACAUGACAGAGAUCAAAGCCUCUGAAGAUCCUCCUUGCAUCAUUGCCACACUGUGUGAGCUGCACGACGGGCUCCUCGUAGAAGCAAAAGGGAUAAAGGAGCACUACUUCAAACCAUACAUUUCAAAGCUAUUUGACAGGAAGAUCUUAAAAGGAGAAUGCCUGUUGGAUCUCUGCAAUUUUACAGAAAAUAACAAGGCUCUGAACAAGGAGUACGAGGAGUACGUGCUGACGGUGGGCGACUUCGACGAGCGGGUGUUCCUGGGGGCGGCUGCCGAGGAGGAGAUCGGCACGCCCCGCAAGCUCCCCGCGGAGGGGCCGGGGGGCAGGACGGCAGCAAGAGCCCAUGUGGAGUGUCAUCUGCAGCAGCACUUUGAAAAGAAAAGGUCCUUUGCUCCUUCAACCCCACUGACGGGAAGAAGGUACCUGAGGGAGAAGGAGGCUGUGAUCACGCCGGUGGCGUCCGCGACGCAGAGCGUGAGCCGGCUGCAGAACAUGGUGGCUGGGCUGAAAAAUGCACCCAGUGAGCAGCUCACAGCCAUUUUCCAGUCUUGUGCACGCAGCCCUGCAGAAAGCAUUGUGAGCAGAGUGAAGGAAAUGGGCGAGACCUUCUGUCGCUGCUACACUCAGUCCACAGAUGAACAGCCAGGAUCCCACAUAGAUUUUGCUGUGAACAGAUUAAAACUGGCAGAGAUCUUGUACUAUAAAAUCUUGGAGACUAUAAUGGUACAGGAAACACGAAGACUACAUGGGAAGGACCUGACUGCGCUGCUGGAGCAGGACGUGUUCCACCGGUCGCUGCUGGCCUGCUGCCUGGAGGUGGUGCUCUUCGCCUACAGCUCCCCGCGCACCUUCCCCUGGGUCCUGGGCGCCCUGCGCCUCCGCCCCUUCCACUUCUACAAGGUAAUUGAAGUGCUGAUCCGGUCUGAGGAAGGGCUGUCCAGGGAUAUGGUGAAGCACCUCAACAGCAUCGAGGAACAAAUUCUCGAGAGCCUUGCCUGGACUCGGGACUCCGUGCUCUGGAAUGCCCUCCAGGCCUCAGAAAACAAGGUCCCAACGUGUGAAGAAGUAAUAUUUCCCAGUAAUUUUGAAGCAAGCAAUGGAGGAAGUGGGCCUGGGCAUUUGCCUAUGAUGCCAAUAUCUCCUAUAAUCCAUCCUCGAGUAAAAGAGGUUCGGACAGACCUUGGUGGGAGUUUAAGACGGGACGCGCAGCCGCUGUCGCCCAUCUCCGUUCACGAGCGGUACAGCUCUCCUGCGGCUGGGAGUGCCAAGAGAAGGCUCUUUGGAGAUGACAGCCCCAGGGAAGUGCAGGUGGAUAACGUUUUCAGCGAAGGAACCAAGCUGACCAUUGCUCCAGCCCCGAGCCUUGCUGCCGAGAAGGUUCCUGCUGGGCAGAGGGUGCUGGCCGUGAGGGCGGCGGCGCCGGGAGGAGCGGGACAGAAGGUCACUAUCCCCCUGCACGGCAUUGCAAACGAACUGGGUGGGAUCACGUUGAUCCCCAUUUCAGUGAAUUUAGGCCAGCCGUGUAAAGUGGAGGCCCAGGCUCCCUGCCACCCACAGGUGAAUCCAGCCCAGGAAGCACAUCUGUCCUCAGCAGGCAAGCCAAGGAGAACGGGAUCCUUGGCACUGUUCUACAGAAAGGUUUACCACCUGGCCAGCGUGCGUCUGCGGGACCUGUGCCUGAGGCUGGACGUGUCCAAUGACCUGCGCAGGAAGAUCUGGACCUGCUUUGAGUUCACCUUGGUUCACUGUGCUGAUCUGAUGAAGGACAGGCAUUUGGACCAGCUCCUCCUCUGUGCCUUUUAUAUCAUGGCAAAGGUAUCCAAAGAGGAGAGAACGUUUCAGGACAUAAUGAGAAGUUACAGAAAUCAGCCACAAGCAAACAGCCACGUCUAUAGGAGUGUCUUGCUGAGGAGUACUUCUUCUGAUGUCCCGUUGGACCAAAAUGCAAACCAAGAUGUGGAGAUGACAGAAGACUGGUCUGUGAAAACUGGCACUUCCUCGGGAAGACCUGCAGCAGAGAACUCCAGUGAGCUGGGAACAGAGGAGAGAGGAGAUCUCAUUAAGUUUUACAACACAGUCUAUGUAGAAAGAGUAAGAUCCUUUGCACUGAAGUACGACAUCACAAACCAGGAUCACGUGGUGGAGGCGCCGCCGCUGUCGCCGUUCCCCAGCGUCCGGCCGCAGGCGGGGUCCCCCCGGCGGGUCUCCCAGCAGCACUCCGUGUACGUCUCGCCCCACAAGAACGGCGCCUGCCUGACGCCCCGCUCAGCACUGCUCUACAGGUUCCACGGCAGCCCUUCCAAGGGUUUGAAGGACAUCAACAAUAUGAUAAAACAAGGUGAACACAGGAGUAAGAAGCGAGCAAUAACAAUUGAUAGUGACACUGAGUCCCCCACAAAGCGACUCUGCCAGGAAAACGAUGACAUUCUACUCAAACGUCUCCAGGAUGUCGUCAGUGAAAGAGCAAACCAUUAG